GAGGCCAGGCGCGGUGUGCGUGCGUGCGUACGUACGUACGUGCGUGCGAGGCGGGGCGGCGCGGCGUGCCGUGCCCUACCCUGCCGGGAGGGGGAGGGCGCACGGGAGGAAGGAGGAAGCCGCCAUCUUGGAGCGUCGAGACGCCAUAACAAGGCACCCAGUGGGAGCGAGAGGAUUUUUUUUUACCUGGGCGAGGGGGAGCGCGGCUGGUGGCGAUUGAAGCAAGUGAAUUCUGAUAUAACUCAGCUUUGUUAGAGGGCUUUUUUUUUAAAGAAAAAAAAAGUUGAUCCACAGUGCAUCAGAGCAAGUUACUACUUUACUUUUGAGUGACUUACAGGUGCUUGCCUGCAUUGCAAUAAAGGACUCAUAUAUUGAGCAAGACUUAUUUAUCUCUUCAUUUUGGAGAGUCUAAUAAACUGUUAUUACAGUUUCUGUACUGACUUUCAAAGUUUUGAAGUCUAAAAAGACAUCUUUAAACAUAGAAACAUGAGCACGGCCAGAACAGAGAACCCUGUUAUAAUGGGUCUAUCCAGUCAGAACGGGCAGUUGAGAGGCCCUGUGAAACCCAGCGGGGGCCCAGGAGGUGGAGGCACACAGACUCAGCAACAGAUGAACCAGCUGAAAAAUGCCAACACAAUUAACAAUGGCACCCAACAGCAAGCACAGAGUAUGACCACCACUAUUAAACCUGGCGAUGACUGGAAGAAGACUUUAAAACUCCCUCCAAAGGAUUUGAGAAUCAAAACUUCUGACGUGACCUCCACAAAAGGAAAUGAGUUUGAAGAUUACUGUUUGAAACGGGAGUUGCUGAUGGGAAUUUUUGAAAUGGGCUGGGAAAAGCCAUCUCCUAUUCAGGAGGAGAGCAUCCCCAUUGCUUUAUCUGGUAGGGAUAUCUUGGCUAGAGCGAAAAAUGGAACAGGCAAGAGUGGAGCCUACCUCAUUCCCUUACUUGAACGGCUAGACUUAAAGAAGGACAACAUACAAGCAAUGGUGAUUGUUCCCACCCGUGAACUAGCCCUGCAGGUCAGUCAAAUCUGUAUCCAAGUCAGCAAACACAUGGGAGGUGCCAAAGUGAUGGCAACAACAGGAGGAACCAAUUUGCGAGAUGACAUAAUGAGGCUUGAUGAUACAGUGCAUGUGGUGAUAGCUACCCCUGGAAGAAUUCUCGAUCUCAUCAAGAAAGGAGUAGCAAAAGUUGAGCAUGUCCAGAUGAUAGUAUUGGAUGAGGCAGAUAAGUUGCUGUCUCAAGAUUUUGUUCAAAUAAUGGAAGAUAUUAUUCUCACGCUACCUAAAAACAGACAGAUUUUGCUCUACUCAGCCACUUUCCCUCUGAGUGUACAGAAGUUCAUGAAUUCCCAUUUGCAGAAACCCUAUGAGAUUAAUCUGAUGGAGGAGCUGACCUUGAAGGGAGUUACCCAGUACUAUGCCUACGUAACUGAGCGGCAGAAGGUUCACUGCCUCAAUACGCUGUUUUCCAGGCUCCAGAUCAACCAGUCGAUCAUUUUCUGCAACUCCUCUCAACGGGUUGAAUUGCUAGCCAAAAAGAUCUCCCAGUUGGGCUAUUCCUGCUUCUAUAUCCAUGCUAAAAUGAGGCAGGAACAUCGCAACCGUGUGUUCCAUGAUUUCCGAAAUGGCUUAUGCCGCAAUCUUGUUUGCACUGAUCUGUUUACCCGAGGUAUUGAUAUCCAAGCUGUGAAUGUGGUGAUAAACUUUGAUUUUCCAAAGCUGGCAGAGACUUAUCUCCAUCGUAUUGGCAGAUCAGGUCGCUUUGGACAUCUCGGCCUGGCCAUCAACUUGAUCACCUAUGAUGAUCGAUUCAACCUGAAAAGUAUUGAGGAGCAGUUGGGAACUGAAAUAAAGCCCAUACCAAGCAACAUUGACAAGAGCCUUUAUGUGGCAGAAUACCACAGUGAACCUGUAGAAGAUGAGAAACAGUAACCAUGCUUUGAAUACAUAUGCCAGAAGGUGAAGCCCUUUGAUCCACAUCUGUGACACAUCAUUCUCUGGGGAUACCCUUCUCUUUGUGGGUUUUUCUUCGUCUUUUCAUUUUGGAACUAUGAAGACUAAAGAGCUCGGCCUUUUUUCUUUUUAAAUUUGGCAGCAAGGAAGAAAGAAGAUGAAAGGAGGAAUGUCUUUUUGUUUUUCCACUUGUUUGCACUGUGUGCUGAUUGAACAUUAGUUGCACUAACUGCUGGUUUUAAAUUUUUUUUCUUUGGGUGGGAGGGGCAGCAAGGGAAGAAGAGAAACCCUGAAAAGAGAAGAAUCUUUGAACACGAGCUUGUCUGCGAUUUCAAAUUCUCCAACCAUCGACUGAGUGCAUUUCAACUUCUCCCUGGUUACUCAUCUGUUUUUAAGCUAAAGAGCUUGUUACUUAUUCGUGCAAAGUGCCUUAUGCUAUGAGACCAUUCAGAAUAUCACCUUUCCGACACAGCCCGAGGAAUCAACAGCCGUUUUUGGUUUCAGGUCAAAGUUCCCCUCUCUUCCCCCUCUCUUCCUCUCCAAGUACUCGAGGCCAGGGCUGUGAGGUGAAACUUAUUGGUAAUACUACUUUGUCUUCAACUUUUUUUUUCCUUUUUUUUUUUUUUUUUUUAAUUGGAGGAGUUGAUAUGCAUCUGCAGUUCACCCACACUGUAAAUACCUGUAUUUAAAACAAAACCAACUCAAAAUCUGGGCUGAUUAGGUGCAGCAUCGUAGCUCCAGAAGGAAAGAGUAGCCUGUCAUCUCUUGCAGGAGCCAUAAGAAAACCCCUAUGCUCUAGCAGAACACUAAAGACUGGUUACCAUAAGUCUCCAUUAGUAGUUCCAGCACUUGAUAUGUAGACUUGUUUCAGAGCCGUGGCCCUCUUUCCUCUGGUGCAGUGUGUCCCAUAGAAAAUCAGAUGUGUAUAUUGUACAAACUUUGUAAAUAUUUUUUUUUUUCCUGUUUGGGUUCAUAUAUAACUUUUUUUGUUCUUUUUUUUUUUUUUUAUGAAGGUUGCUGGGGUUAAAGGGAUUUGACUGAUUAUGGGAGCAGCUAAAGAUGAGAGGGGCUCAGUUUUCUGCAACACUAAGCGAUGAGAAACGCUCUGAGCUCCGCGAAGAGCAGAGCAGGCCUCUACGUGUGUCCCUUGUCAGGGUGGGUUUGCUCCGGUGUUAGCAACACUGUCCUGUACCGCUCGUGUGGAAGAGAUUCUUUGUGAGGCUCUGAGGUCUCCGAAGUCUGUUGCUUAGCUUGUUCGAGAUACUCUUCAAUUUCCCUCUUAGAAACUUCAGGAACUUUGCAAGCUCUGAAGGGUGCCGUGACCUGUGUUCUGCCAUGGCACGAGGGGGAUCCGGCGGGUGUCAGCGUUGCUGAGCAGUACAUGCAUAAGGUGUGGAUUUGGGUUUAAAAGAAACCAUAGGAAACCGAUUGAGAUGCAUAACCGGACAGUUCUGGAGCUCUACGGGAACGAUUGAUUUCCUGCAGCAUUGUGUAUUUUCUGCCCAAAACAACCUCAAUACAGACUUUUGGUGAGCAGGUAAGGGCAAAGCCCUGUAAAUAUCAGGAGCUGCAGAAAGCUGCUUGCCAUCUGCUCUGUUCAGGCAUGAAUUGCUGUCUGUCACUCUGCGUUGUAUAUUGCCGGAACACGCUUUCUGGUCAAGCGGUGUUGCUUUAAAUUGUGCCCCUCCCAACAUGCUUGAUGUUUGGCCUGAUCUCCAGGCAAAAGGAGUGAGACAAAUCAAACUGUAAACUUUUAAAAUUCCCUUUUAGCCUGUUCAACAACAGCGUCAGGAGGCACCUGGAUGAAUGCAAUCCCUUUUGCUCAUUUAUCGCGUAUACAGAUGCUGCACUCACACUAUGCUUGCUUACUUUGAGGCAGGAAUUAAUUAAUUGUCUUAAUUUCUCCCUUUUUUGACCCCUCCCCCACUUUUUUUUUUUAUUUGAGUAAAAUUGUUUGGAACCAAAGGGCAGACUUACCUGUCCUUUUCCUCGAGGAACACACACACAAAACCAGGUGCCUCCUGACAACAACUUUACAAGAUGAUGGAAAGGGUGUUUUUUGAUUUUUUUUCUUUAUUUUUUUUUGUCAGCAGUGACUCCAUAACUGUAGCAAAUGCUGCACUAGAGUACAAACUCAAGAGCUUGGUCACAGACACUCUGUGAGCCACACAGCUUACAUUUGACUGGCAGGUACUAAAUGUAAACAACUUCGGGGUGGGGGGUGGGGGGUGGGAGUUUGUGGGUGGUAACUUUGACCAAAAGUAAAAUCUUGCUCUUGUACUGCAGCCAGCUUACGAUUUUUCCAGAGAGUCAGAAGAGGGAUCAUUUUAGUGCGACAAAGACGUGAAAAAUGUAAAUAAAAGUUUUGUAUCUUGCCAGGGCACACGCUUGUAACAAGAACAGGAUAGCGGUGUCGAGUCAGGUGCGUGUGCUCUGCUUGGAUUUGGGGUGGGUGAGCCUGGUGCCAUGCUCUGACGGUCCCUCUUGAAGCACAGAACUUUUAAAUGGAAAGUAUUACUUUAAACUUGGCCUCUUAUUGAGGAUUGGCACUUACCUGAACUAUCGGGGGCACCAUUUCUAGGUGGCUUCUAGUAAAGAAGGAAGCAGCCUAUUCUUGGUGCUGUAGGCUAUCUCUAACAGAAGCGAUCUUGCAAAUGGAAAGAUGCUCCAAAUGACUAGGGUAAGCCUAGGGUUUUUUUUCCUUUGUUAGUUUUUCUCCCCAGGAGUAAUUGUGUAUCAGUCUUGGCUUCUUGAGAUUCCUUGUGGUACCCUGUUUUUUUUCCAGUCACGCGCCAGCCUUUACAUUAAUGCAUUACUUGGGGCCGGUCUCUUCCUUCAGCGGAGGAGCCCUUAGCUCAAAUACUUCCUCUGACAAAGAUGACAUCAGUAAUAAUACGAUUAAUUCUGCAUUUUUGCCUCCCAGAAGUCUAAAAGCAUCACUCCUCGAAUCGAGAUGAAAUGGCUGCAAAGGGAUCGACACCGACCUGCAGCCAGUUCAUCCCAGAUGAGCUGUAGGCUGGCCUCAGGGUGCGCGCUGCCAGGAGCGCAGUGCAGUUGCUGGAGGGCUUUCCCGUGCGGGGGGUGGGGGGUGGGUUGGUCUCAAAUACGUAUUUUAAUUUCCAGAAUGAGAUGGGAGCAUCUUUCCUUUGCCCUGCGGGACUUUUUGUUGUUGUUGUUGUUGUGGGUAAGAACACGGAAGUUCGACAUGAAUUUAUUGUAGACGCGUUGGUAUCGAAUCAUCUCAUUCUGAUUUUGAUUUUGAUUUUUUUUUACUUGGGGUGGGGGAGGGCGUCUGCUCCAAGGAUUUAAAAAUGCUUCACACCGCUGUGCUGUUGAACUGACGGGCGGGACAAAAGCCUGGAGCAGGGGGCUGCCUGCAGUGGCUCUGGUUCUGGAGCACGCCGCGGCACACGGCCGAGCUGCCAGCGCAGCGGCUUCGUCCUGCUGCUGUGCUCGGGAACGCUGCUGGGCUGAGCAGCUCCUGGCUCCUGAGGAGGAACCUUUUCCCCAGGAGCUCCACCAGCGCGGCCGCUGCUGUAAAGGCUGGGCACGAUAAGUGUGUUCAAUUGCUGUGAACUCGUAGUCUCUUUAAUUGGAAUUCGUAAUAAAUCAGGGCUCUGCUCCAAAGAGCGUGCAUCUGGUCUUCAAAUUAAGGCUCGGGAGGAUUAUCCCGUGGGUUUUGCUCAGUUCACCGCUGUAUUGCUAACGUGGAAGCAUUUUUAAAUUCUGCUAUAGACAAGUGAGGGAAGGGUAAGGGGGGUGGCGGGAGGGAUGGGUUUAUUAAGAUACAGCCUUGCUGUAUUUUAACCAAUAAUUAAAGGGAAGGGGUGGCAGGAGAAGAAAACAGUCAUUGUUCCCGUUACAGAAAAAAAAAAAUAAAAGGAACUUUAUUUGAUGAAAAAAAAAAAAAUCUUGCAGUUCAGGUGGGGCAUCGUGAUCCACCGGUCCCUAGUCAAGACGUUGGUACGUUACUGUUAAUCAGAGAACAGCACGGACUGAGCCGUGCAGACGUUCGGGGGGGAGGGGAGAAUUGGCUUUCCGUUCAAUUGGUCAUUGGCAAACCGUCCAGCGGAGCUGAGAAUUUGUUGAGAAUGUAUUUUUCUCUGGAUGUGUAUGCGCGUCGCAGCACCGACUCGUGCAGAGUUUGGCGAGUUCAGAGUGCAAAAAAAAAAAAAAAAAAAAAAAA